AUGGCUUCAUCAAGUUGGCGGCUGCUGAAAGGCAAAACAGCCUGUAUCACGGGAGGCACAACUGGCAUUGGCCGUGCGAUAACACUCGAAUACUUGAGACACGGCGCUAAUGUUGCAGUCAACCACCUCGGCCUCCCUAGCGACGAAAGACACAGACUCAGCCUCAUCGAAGAGGCAGAAAAGAUCAGAAAAGAUGCCCCCAGAGAUUUACCGACGGGCGAGUUGAUUGAGCUUGCAGGCGAUGUGACGGACCCGAAUACCGGAAAGGGUCUCGUUGCCGCAGCAGUCAAGAAAUGGGGUGGACUGGAUGUAUUCAUCGCGAACGCUGGUAUCUUUAAGCCAGCUGAGUUUCUCACACUCGAAAAGGAAGUCUUCGAUAAAACAAUACACGUCAACGUCAACGGCGCAUUCUACUCGUGCCAGGCAGCUGCGAACCAGAUGGUCAAGCAAGGACGUGGAGGAUCAAUCAUCGGCAUCUCCUCAAUCAGCGCUCUGCAAGGUGGAGGUCUGCAGACUCACUAUACUCCGACAAAAGCAGCGGUCCUGUCUAUGAUCCAGUCAAUGGCAGUGGCUCUUGCAAAGCACCGGAUCAGAUGCAACGCUUUGCUCCCUGGCACCAUUCAUACACAAUUGGCAGAGGAAGACAUGCAAAACGAGACGAAGCGCAAGUAUCUUGAGCAACGUAUUCCGAUGGGCGUGGGCAAGCCUCAUGAUCUGGCUGGGCCGGCGGUCUUCUUGGGUUGCGAGGAAUUAAGUGGAUUCAUGACUGGAUCCCAGAUGCUGGUGGAUGGUGGCAUGUACUACGUACAGCCAAUUCUCCAACCAGUCGCGACUCUUCGCAACUCCAAGUGCCAGUGUUCCCUGUCGCUUCCACCUUCCUAUUCCUCAUCGCACCACACGACUCGACGUUUGUGCAUGUCCUUCAAUGGCAUAAAUAUCAUCAAGAUGGGCGCUGAUGAUGAAGAUUCACAACCCUACUUCACCCGUGGUCGCCUCAGUCGUGGCCGCGGCCUCAGAAACAGCACCGGCUGUGCAACAUGUCGCCGCCGCCAUGUCAAGUGCGACGAGAGAAAACCUAUAUGUGGUGGAUGUGAGAGAACCAAACACAAUUGCCUCUACACACCGAGGCGGCCACCAAACAGAAAACGGUCUGGUCCACCUCAAUCGCCUCGGUCUCCCAGUCCAUCGAAUUCUGAGUGUCAGCCCGUCAUCUGUGAUGACGAGCCAGCUCCUCUACCAACAGUGGCGCUCGGAGAACCGCACACAUCAAGCAUAGCGAGCGCUACCACAAUAGCACCGUCCAAUGAUGAAGGCAUAGAUACAUCUCAUCAAGCCAAUGAUGGUGAUAGACCAGCUUUCGAACAAGACUCUCCAGAGCAAGUCGACGCGUUAUGCACGGGCAUCACACCACGAGGCACAGCACGAACGUCCAGCUCAUUUGGGGCAAAUCUAGAGAACGCCACCGCCAUUUGGGUCGACCUGCUUCUCCAAGAUGCGGCCAUGCAAGAAAUCGAUUUCACUAAUGUCAACUUUGAAGAAGGCGUCGAUCUCUUUGCAAGCUCGGUCGUGCAAUCACCUGCAGUGGGGCGCGGUUUGCCAAAGACCAGUGGAGAAGGCCUCAGUCCUACGCCAUGCGCCUCACAUCCCUACUUGCAUGAGAGAUCUCCGACACUUGAUGAAUACCAGUGCCUUGAGAAACAGGCUUGGCGAUCGGCAACGCCUCUGCCAAUCCAGGCGCAGGAGCAUGUUGUUUUCCAAAACUUUGUGCAACACAUUAGUAGAUGGAUGGACCUAUUCGAACCUAGACGUCCAUUUGGAACUCUUGUUCCUCAACUUGCAAUGCAUAAUGUAGGGCUGCUCAAUGCCGUCCUCGCCCUAUCUGCACGCCAUCUCUCUUUGAGUACACAUUUAGAUGGCACACAGACUCGAGACCCGAACGACGCACUGAGAUACUAUUACAAGACCCUACACUACAUCCAAGAUGCGAUGCAAUACGAUACAUACAAAACCAGCCUUGAACUCCUCGCGACCAGCGUCACUGUAUCGGCAUACGAGAUGCUCGAUGGCUCGAGGCAAGAUUGGGAGAGACACCUCAAAGGAGUAUUCUGGAUCCAAAGAUCGCAAGUUAUACACGGCGAUUCCAUGGGUUUGAAGCAAGCUGUCUGGUGGGCGUGGCUAUGCCAAGAUGUCUGGGCCGCCUUUCGCGAGAAGCGUCGUCCCUUUACAUUCUGGCGGCCACUGAAAACAUUAGAUGAUCUUGGCCCAUCUGAGUUGGCAGCGCGCUCAGUCUACUUUUUUGCUCACGUGGUCGCAUUCUGCUCGCACGAAGAGACCGAAACGGGGAGGAAUGACCCUCAUGCGAGGAUCGCGGCGGCCGAUACCUUGAGAGAAAUGUUGGAAAGUUGGAGGCGACACCUGACGGCCGAGUUCCAACCACUCCCCUACCUGAGUGCCCCUGAUGACAUCUUCGAGCCAAUCUGGAUCAAUCCUCCGGCGUUUGCGGUAGCUUUCCAGAUCUACUACUGCUCCCACAUCCUGCUCCUUAUGAAUGUACCUGUUCUAGGCGGGCUUGAACAGUACACGCAGCAGCGGAAGCGUCUGAUGGAAUGCGUUAAGAAAGUCUGCGGUAUCGGCAUGACAUUGUCAGACUAUCCAUCAAGUGUCUUGUGCUCUCAGUGUCUAUUUAUCGCCGGCAUACCCCUUGAGAAUAGCAGAGAGCGGAAUUGCGUUCUCAAUCUACUAGAAGCCUGCCACGCCCGAUCAGGCUGGCCUGUGAAGCCGCUCGGCGAGGAAUUGAAGCUCCGAUGGGAAGCUUCCGACGCCUAA